GCCAUCGACCGCCGCAGAGAGGAGGCGGACAGAUACGGGUUCUCGCGGGACGAGGAUGCAGUCAAGCAGGCGUCGAGCACCUUGAUGCAGAUGAAUGCGACCGAGAUCGAGGGUGUGCUCACGCACCUUUUCAACUCGACGCCCAGCGAGGACAAGCUCAUGCUGCGCACGAAGUGCCAGGCCCAGAACAGGAAUAUCAAGAACGAGAAGGGCGCGGAGAGGGCUGCGCAGCUGACCGCGCUCGUCCACGCCAAGCUGGCCAAGCGCAUGAAGGAUGCGCUGGUGUUCGAGUAG